AGUUUAAACAUAUAAAAGUUGAUAUUUAUAAUUUGUUUUAUUUUAUUUUGUUAUAGUUCAUGAAGUUUUUAUAGUGAAUCCAAAAUGACUUCUAAUGAGCCAUUACUCGUUCAAGCUGUAUAUUCAUUUAAAGGGAAAAAUAAUGACGAGCUGUGUUUGAAUAAACACGAUAUUGUGAUUGUCACUCAAAAAGAAGAUGGUGGCUGGUGGGAAGGAACUCUUAAAGAUAAAACUGGUUGGUUUCCAUCAAAUUAUGUUAAAGAAUAUAAACCUCAAGGAGAAAACAUUACAAAUAAUAAAGUGCCAAACAUACCGUUGGAUUUAACAGAACAAUUAAGAGCUAACCGAGCUGUGGUUGUAAUGGAUAUUGUGGAAUCUGAAAGAGCUCAUGUCACUGAAUUAAAGACACUUAUUCAGAGUUUUUUAAUUCCUUUGAAAAACUCAAAUAUAAUGUCUAUUGAUGAAUAUAAUCAAUUAGUAAAUAAUAUUGAAGAAGUUUCAAAAAUUCAUGAAGGGCUUCUAGAAUCAUUAGAACAAGUCUCUGGGUUACCGCAAUCCGAUCAAAGAAUUGGCAAACUGUUUCUAAAUAAAGCAUCUUUUAUUCGGACUGUUCAUUUGAAAUAUUGUGCUUCUCAUCCCAGAGCAGUUAAUAUUAUUGAUAAAUAUAAAGAUGAAUUAAAUCAAAUAAUGGAAACACAAGGUGCAGUUAGUCCUGUAACUUUCAAUUAUUUCUACAUAAACUGUCCAUAUAUUUUGUGGAUUAAUAUGUAUAAAUCGUAUGAAAACUGUUGUUUMAAAAUUAAUAUUAAUGGUACACUACCAUUAAGCGGAAUUUGUGUCAAGAAAUUAGAUAAUAAUGGURCCAUUAAAAAUGCUUUUGAAAUAUCUGGCCCUUUAAUUGAUCAAAUUGUUGCUGUUUGUCAGUCAAAAGAAGAGCAAAUUGAUUGGAUACAAAAAAUUAACAAGCAAUUAGGAAAUAAGAGUGUCAUUAAUACUACAUCUAGCAAAUCAAAACUCAAUACCAUGAAAAAUCUAAUGUAUCAAAUAGUUUUAAUGUUUCAUCACCAAGACAUUGCUCAUCAAUGGUUCUUAAAGAAGAUGGACAAGUUGUGUAUGGAAAAAAGCUGUUKUUCACUCCAUUUCAAACUAAAGCUUGUCAAGAUUUAA